UUUGUGGGCCCGGUCCGCUUCACGUCCGCUUAGUCUAUAGCAAGUAUUCGUUGGGGUGGACGUGUGUUUGUACAUCGUACGCCAUUUCCACUUAAUUUCUGUGAUAUUUACAAAGUAAUCAACCAAAAUGUCGGGAUAUCCAUACGGAGGCCACCCACAAUACCCCUCGCCACAAAACCCAAUCUACCCUCAAAUUUACAACACUAAUAAUACACCAGUCCCUGGCCAACCCUCUGCUCCAGGCUACCCAGCCCCUGGACAGUAUGUCCCUCAACCUGGAUUUGCGUACCCUUACCCUCAACCAGGCUCCGGUCAAGCUUCGCACCCUGUGGCAAUGUCUUAUCCAGGCAUAGCACCGACAGCACCGCUACCGUCAGGACCACCUUACGGGUACCCCGGUGUAACUACUGGAACGCCUGGCUACCCUGGCGUAACGAAUGUGAGCUACCCUGGUCUGGCCGCUGGUGUUUCUGUUACGUCGACUACAGUAGAAUGGGUGCCAGCGACAACUAGCAGUGCUACGUCACUUACAAACAGAGCGGUAGUAGCAGGCUACGAAGGUCAUGAUGGUAGUCCUCUAUGGGUGAUUAGGGCCCGGCUCGAAGGCGAACUGAUACCCGGCAAGCUAGCUAUCAAACACCACGGCGCAUACAUCCCUUGGGAUGGCAAGGAAAAUGUUGUACAUAGUUUUGAGGUCUGCUGUGCUAGACCUGAGACUAUCCGUUGGAUCGAAGCAAGAAAUGGUUUAAUACCGCCAAAUGCAGUAGCUGCCGGCAACACUUCAAAUGGAGAACCACUCUAUAUUGGUAGAGCUAAACAUCAAGGCUCUCUAACUCCCGGCAAGGUACACCCAUCUCACAAAUGUUUGUACAUUUCUUACGGCGGACAAGAGAUACCACACCAUUCUUAUGAGGUGCUGUGUACAGUGUAAUGUAUUUUUUUUGCGGGUAAUUUUAAUCUCAUACGAAACGCGUUUUAGAGACUGUUCAAGUGUAUUUUAUAUUUUGUCUUAAUUAUUUUUAAUAAGUAUCUU